AUGUCGAAAUACUCCUCCGACCCCGCGUGGGCAUCAGUUACCCCCAUCCCGCUGGAUGAUGGGUCAAAUCGCUUUACUCAGGCAGACAGAGACAGUGCUGGCGGCGAUGGCUCGGUGACUACCGCUAAUGUGGCCGGCGAGACGUUGCCGCUGGCGACAAUUGCGUAUUCAGACGAGUACGCUGAGGCGACUGCUUAUCUGCGGGCCGUGAUGGCCGCGAACGAGAUGUCAGACCGAGCACUAGCAUUGACAGAGGAUGUGAUUCGGUCGAAUCCAGCACAUUAUACGGUCUGGCUCUACAGAGCACAAAUACUCAAUGCUCUGGGCAAAGAUCUGAAAGCUGAGCUCGCCUGGCUCGACCAGCUAUCCACUAAAUAUUUAAAGAGCUAUCAGAUAUGGCACCACCGCCAAGUAAUAAUGUCCAAUGAAUCCGUCUUCCCUACCUUACCUGAGGGAGAACUGGACUUCUUAGUAAAGAUGUUUGCUCUAGAUGCCAAAAACUAUCACGUCUGGACAUACAGACACUGGCUUCUCAGACACUUCAAACUAUGGGAUUCGCCAGCUGAGUUGGCGGAUAUAGAGAGAAUGAUUGACGAGGAUGUGAGGAACAAUUCUGCCUGGAACCACCGGUGGAUUAUGCGGUUUGCGCCUAGGGAGGGUUUUGAUAGUGGGCUGCCUGGUGUGGGGACUGCUGCCAGCAUGGGCGCUGGUGCAGGGAAGAUGGUAGUUGUGGACGAGGACAUGGUUGAUGGCGAAGUGGAGUAUGCAAAGAAGAAGAUCGUGCUGGCGCCUGAGAACCGGAGUCCGUGGGCGUACAUGCGCGGCGUGCUCAGGGCUGCCGGUCGAGGGCUGGCGGAUAUCAAGACGUUCGCACAGCGGUUUGUUAUCGAGGAGGUGGUUGAGGAAGGGAAGCGCGAGAUCCAAGUCAAGAGCAGCCAUGCACUGGAGUGGUUGGGCGAUGUGUACGCCGAAGAAGCGCAAGACCCCGAGGCAAAGAGCAAUGCGGUGCGGAUGUUUACAAUGCUGAAGGACAAGUACGAUCCUGUCAGGAAAAAUUAUUGGGAUUAUCGGAUUAGAUCGUUGGACAGCUAG